AAAGUGUCAUGGCGCACUUUGUAUAAUUUUUUGUCUCGAUUUCCUCAAUAAAUUUUACCUUAUUUCUCCCCCAAACAUCACAUAUCUUGGAGUGACAUGUCGUUCAUCCCACUGUUCGAACCUCAGGGUUUCAACAUAUACUCAAAGGGAAACAAUAAACAUUCUCCCGAACAUGUGAAACUGACCAAUCGCUUGAGAAAAACCCUGUACUAUGGAAAGACGCCAACCACUGAACGACCCUCUUUGCCUCUGACUGAAAUUGCUGUCGAGUUCUUCCAGGAAGCUAGCCCCAAAGAGUUUGGCCGUCUGGACACUGACUAUGCUUCGUUUGUGUCAAGGCGCUCCUGUAUGUCUCCCUGUUCGAUGAUGUUGGGCAUGAUCUACAUUGAACGACUGAAGCACAAGAAUCCCGAAUAUCUACAGACCAUAUCUUCCUCUGACCUCUUCCUGAUUUCUCUGAUGGUGGCCUCCAAGUAUCUCUAUGACGAAGGUGUAGAUGAAGAAGUCUUCAAUGACGAAUGGGCGGAAUCAGCAAAGAUGGAAAAUGAGGACCUGAAUCUUUUGGAACGCAACUUUCUUGGUGCUAUGGACUGGAACUUGUUUGCUCGGCCCAACGACUUCACCGAUGUCCUGAAGAAGAUUGAGAAACGGAUUGCCUUGAAUCAAGCGGUGGACCGAGGCUGGUUCUCGUACACAGAUCUGAUGGUUCUGAUGGAAGACUUGAAUUAUCUCGAUGGAGCGUUCAAUCUGGCACGUGAAUUGUCAAAGAUGAUGAUGGUCUGUGCUGUGGCAUAUACUGCAAGUCUCCUGACCCUGGUCGGAUCAACAGUUCUAGUCACAUGCCUGCACACCCAUCUCGCGACUCUGAGACCAACCACGACAGAAUUCCGCUCCAAUUCCAAUGUUCCAACUUCCACCCUCAUGCAUGAUUCAAAACCUGUCCCAGUGAGGUCAUUUACUGUAACAAUCGAAGACACUGAUGUCAUUGUCGGUCAGGAUAUGAUGGAGUCAAAUGAGGACACACGCUUCCAGGAUUUCAUUCCAAGUUUACAGGUUGUGAUCAUGAUGAAGGACUCUGUUACCAAUUUCUUCGCUGCGCUAACGAACAACGGCAAUUUGGACGACGAUUACGGGCCUGUGGUGUCUCCAAGAACUGAAAUGGACCAAUCAAGGACUCAUGGUAGACAUUGUAAACAUGGUGCAUGCUUAUAUGAGACAGCACUGAAUUGCCGUAACGUUACUGCAAGAUCUUGGAAGUCAGGAAUCAACAAGGUAUUGGACGUCUUCUCUAAAAAUGGACUUGGCGCUGGGUGGUGUCAUUCGUCUAGUGAAUGGACCGAUGACCCAAUCAAUGUGGACUCGAGAUUUGGCGCAAAGAAGCAACACAGUUCAAAUCAACGGUGUUGUUGUGAUAUGGCCAAGGAAUCAAUCGUAAGGGGGCCGCGGAAUUCACCGUUUCGGAAUGUGAUGGUGGGGGUUCGGACUGGUGUGCCUCUAUUUUGAUUAAACAGAUAAGUUAGGUCUGAAAUGCUUGCCUGAAAAUACGCAAUAGGCUCAUAUCUUGACAGAAAGUCCUAGUCAUGCUCUUUACAAUUUGCCAGAACAUUUCAGACCUAACAUUAUGUUGAAUCCGCAUGACGCACACUUUGUGCUUUUUGAACCUUCCAGUUUCGAGUUGGUCCCUAUUUUUGGACAAGUUCUGAGUUUCGAUCAACCUGUUGUCUUCAUUUCGACUUUAGCAAAGUUACCAGUCAAUUUCGGAAGUUGCUAUUUUUUCUUUCAUUGGUGCAACUUACAGUUACUAACCACCAUUCUCCAGUGACCAAAAACUGGGUGAAAUGAGUUUGGUGUUUUCAUAAGCUGUGAUGGAUUAUUGGUAUGAAAGAGAGGGACAUAUAGCAAAUACCUAUGUUCGCUUUGAUGCCAAGUAUGACCAGAAACCUCACAUGUUGGCUGAAGGGCACAAUGUAUCAACCAACUUCUUUGCAGAAGACAGAAGUUGCAUAUUUAUACUGAAUAAAGGUUCUAUUCUGAUG